AUGCGACUACAAGCUCUACGACCUAUAGUUCAAAGAUCUGCCGGACGAGGGGGAUCUUCUGUGUCAGUAACAAAGAGAGGUAUGGCUAAAUUCGCUAAAUUCGACUGGGAAGAUCCUCUGGAUAUGAAAUCACUUCUCAGUGAAGAAGAACAACAAAUUCAUGAAACCGCUAAAGGAUAUUGUCAAGAUUCGCUUCAACCUAGAGUCAUCAAUGCGUACCGUAAUGAAGACUUUGAUCCUUCGAUUUUGAAAGAAAUGGGUUCAUUAGGCUUACUAGGCGCUACAAUCAAAGGAUAUGGAUGUGCGGGCGUAUCCAGUGUCUCCUAUGGACUGAUAGCGAGAGAAGUUGAGAGGGUGGAUUCAGGUUAUAGAUCUGCUAUGAGUGUACAAUCUUCUUUGGUCAUGCAUCCUAUCAAUGAAUUUGGAUCAGAAGAACAAAAAGAAAAAUAUCUUCCUAAACUAGCAACUGGAGAAAUGAUUGGCUGUUUCGGCUUGACAGAACCGAAUCAUGGUUCUGACCCUUCAUCGAUGGAAACCACAGCUACCAAAACUUCAGAAGGAUGGACUCUGAACGGUAGUAAAACUUGGAUAUCUAACGCUCCGGUGGCAGAUCUAUUUGUUGUUUGGGCUCGGACCGUUGAGAAUGGUGAAAAGGGGAAAGUGAAAGGGUUCUUGGUUGAGAAGGACACUCCUGGACUAUCAGCUCCGCCAAUCAAAAAUAAACUUGCUCUUCGAGCUUCGAUAACAGGUUCAAUCUUCAUGGAAGAUGUCAAAAUCGCUUCCGAUGCUGUGUUGGCUAAAUCAAGUGGAUUAGGAUCUCCUUUCAGUUGCCUGAAUAAUGCUAGAUAUGGGAUCAGUUGGGGUGUCAUGGGUGCUUUGGAAGAUUGUAUUGCCAGAUCGAGGGAGUAUGCUUUGGAGCGCAAACAAUUCGAUAGACCUUUAGCGUCAUUCCAACUUGUCCAAAAGAAAUUAUCAGAUGCAUCGACGGCAUGUACAUUAGGUUUAUUAGGCUCAUUACAAUUAGGUCGACUGAAAGAUAAAGGUUUAUGGGCACCUGAUAUGGUUUCCAUGAUGAAGAGAAAUAACUGUGGUGAAGCUCUGAAACAUUCCAGAGUAUUACUAGAUAUUCUAGGUGGAAAUGCUUGUUCUGAUGAGUAUCAUAUCGGUAGACAUGUACAGAAUUUACAAGUCGCUAACACUUACGAAGGCACGCAUGAUAUUCAUGCUCUCAUUUUAGGAAAAGCCAUCACUGGUGUUCAAGCCUUUGCCAACUGA